UCUGCUGGGCUAUUGGAAAUGGAAGGACCCACGGCUCCCAAGAUGAGCUUCUGUCUCAGGCAUUAGUUGGAGCCCACGCUGAGAACCCAGUUAACCGUCAUCCACACGACUCGUUUUUCUCCAGGUACCAGGGUGUCAUGGAAGGGCUGCUGAAAAGAUGCAGAACACUGUCUGCCUUGGCUCUCUGCAGCCGCCACCUCUCCAGGUACGUUACCCACAGAUGCUACCAUUGUGCCCCGGGGAGGCGGCAGCGCUUGGUUUUGUCCCGCAUGUUCCAGCCUCAGAACCUCCGGGAAGACCAGGCGCUUCCUCUGGAGGGCAGAGCUAGCGAUCUGACCUGUAAGAGCCAGCGGCUGAUGCUGCAGGUGGGCCUGAUCCUCCCAGCAAGCCCCGGCUGUUACCACCUCAUGCCCUACACGGUUCGUGCCAUGGAGAAGCUCGUCAGGGUGAUAGACCAGGAGAUGCAGGCCAUUGGGGGGCAGAAAAUCAACAUGCCGAGCCUCAGCCCCGCUGAGCUGUGGCGAGCCACCAGCCGCUGGGACCUGAUGGGCAGGGAGCUGCUGCGACUGAGAGACAGGCACGGCAAAGAAUACUGCUUGGGACCAACUCAUGAGGAAGCGGUUACAGCCCUGGUCGCCUCCCAGAAGAAACUGUCCUACAAGCAGCUUCCCUUACUGUUGUACCAGGUUACCAGGAAGUUUCGGGAUGAGCCGAGACCCCGUUUUGGUCUUCUCCGUGGCCGGGAGUUCUAUAUGAAGGACAUGUACUCCUUUGACUCCUCCUCUGAGGCCGCCCAGGAGACCUAUGGCCUGGUGUGCGAUGCUUAUUGCAGACUGUUUGAUAGGCUGGGGUUACGAUGGACGAAAGCCAGGGCAGCUGUGGGCAGCAUUGGGGGCACAUUGUCCCACGAAUUCCAGCUGCCAGUGGACAUUGGAGAGGACCGGCUUGUGGUCUGUCCCAGCUGCCACUUCUCAGCCAACACAGAGGUACUAGACUUGUCGCAGAAAGUCUGCCCCGACUGCCAGGGUCCACUGACAGAAACCAAAGGCAUUGAGGUGGGGCACACGUUCUACCUCGGUACCAAGUACUCCUCCAUUUUCAGUGCCCAGUUUACCAAUGCCCACGGGGACCCUUCGCUGGCGGAGAUGGGGUGCUAUGGCUUGGGGGUCACUCGGAUCUUGGCUGCUGCCAUCGAAGUCCUCUCUACAGAAGACUGCAUCCGCUGGCCCAGUCUCCUGGCUCCGUACCAAGUCUGCCUCAUCCCCCCUAAGAAGGGCAGUAAGGAGGCAGCAGCCACUGAGAUGGUGGAGCGCUUACAUGAUGACAUCAUUGAAGCGGUGGCACAGCUCCGAGGGGAGGUCCUUCUGGAUGACAGGACCCACCUGACCAUCGGAAAUCGACUGAAAGACGCCAACAAGCUUGGCUACCCCUAUGUGGUCAUUGCCGGCAAGAGGGCCCUGGAGGACCCCGCCCACUUCGAAGUUUGGUGCCAGAACACUGGUGAGGUGGUCUUCCUCACCACAGAGGGAGUCCUGGAACUGCUGGCUGGUGUUUGUGUUGUCUAAGUGUCUAACCACACCUGUCCCUGGGCUUGGUGUCCACUGUACGACUGUAGUUCCCUCCACUUCUCUGGCUUCUUGUGGAAGGGAGGCCAUGCUAGGGAACCCUGUACUCAUUCCUUAGGAUGGUUCGUAUUUAAUCAUUGGCUGAUCCCCUGGACUGGCCAUCUACCAUGUGCCAUUCAUUCAGCACGUAGACACUUCCGUUACACAGCCCCCCAGCCCUCUACUUUUGAUGGUUUUGUUUGCUGAGGACCUGCCUCGAGCCUCUACGGUGAGCAUCUUCAUGUGCUGCUUCUAGACCUUAAAAUCUUCACAGAUGUGUGAUGUGGGAUUCCCCUCUGUAUGCUAUGAAUACCAUUGGUUAAUAAAGGAACUGUUAGGCCUGUGCAAGGCAGAAUAUUUUCCCCAAGGUAGGUGGGGAAAAUGCUGGGGGAAAGAAGGUGGAGUCAGGGAGAAGCCAUGGAGCUGCUGCCAGAAACAGAUAUUGCCAACCCUUUGCUGGUAAGCCACAGCCACAUGGCAAUACACAGAUUAAUGGAGAUGGGCUAGUUUAGAAUAUAAGAGUUAGCCAGAAAUACGCUUAAGCUAUUGGCCAAACAGUAUUACAAAUAAUAUAGUUUCUAUGUGGUUAUUUCGGGAGUCUGGGCAGCUGGGAAAACAAACAAGUGGCCUCCUACAACAGAUGUGUAUGCUGUAAACUUAAGGAAAGCUGGCCUAAAGGCACUUUAAAAGCCAGAUUCCAAGAAUAGAGAGCCGGUAGACUUCAUAAACGUGCAAGCUGAAUACAAUGAUGCAGAACUCCAGGAACCCCACAUGCAGGGACGGGGAAACUUCUCUAGUACUCGGUUUACAGAUGGGAAACAACCUGUGUAGAGGGCCGAAUUUGAACUGCAUAGAAACUCUGUGCAGGGGUGACUUGAGGUAGCAUUCUCACAGGCUUGGCAAGUCAGGAGGAGGCAAACCUCUCCCAUCAGUAGAGUGCCUUGCCAAUGGUCAGUCCUUGAGAACACAGAUGUGCACUGUAGUUCAAAGGCUCUGAUUAGGUUGUGGUUUGUCUUCUGCUGAGGUGUUUUUACAUAUUAUAUUACAACAAGAGUUUUUCCCAUAACACUGAGCUUUCUGUUUAGAUUAGCUAGGGCACGAAGCUCUUGAAAUUAGUUGCAACCCAGUGACUAGCUAGUCUAUGAAACUAUUUUCAUGUAUUAUGGGAACCUAGUUUGAAUCAUGAUUUGAGUAUUAUAAAAAGAGCACUGGCUUUGCAAUAAAGUAUGCAGUUGUAUCUCCUACUCUGCAUCCCCUGUGUCCUGAUUUCUGUGGCACUAUCCAGGGUCAUCCAUAACCGAGGAGGCUGGGGAAGAGUCCCCAACAAGCCUGGAGUAGGAACAAAGUGUCUCAUGCCAUGGACCUGGUGAGUAGCAAGUCAGCCACUAAGCUGCCAAAGCCUCAUAUGCAGCUGCCACUGGUACCCAUUCUCUGUCUCACAAGGAGUUAAAUGCAGGCACAGUGCCACCUUUGGCCAGCCUUGAGUUUUAGGCAUUGGACUCAGGGGACCACUAAGCUAGUGUUCUGGUAGCUGCCAGUGUGAUUUGGUGAGAUGAGAAGAGGCAUAAUCCUAGAUUUCAUUCUUCCUGGGAUUAUGACCUAAGACAAAUUGUCCUUAACACACUCAUUCUUGGCAAGGUGCUCAGAGGAAUGGUAGCCUCCUCAUAGGGCGAUAUGGGGUUGACAGGGUCACUUGUAACACUUAACCUUUAGUGUGCACUCAAGAAACCCCUUUCUUCCCCAAGGAAGCAUUCCCAUAACUUAGGAAAUCCCCCAGGAGGCCUGGCUCUGUCACUAACGUUAUCCUAAGAUCUGGAUCUUGCUUUUGGGGGUUGGAGCUUUGUAUCCAUCCCGGGAAGAGUCGAACAAGUGGGGCACACCCACAGAAUGUUUCAACUUGGGACAUCCAGACAACACACCCUACUCAUUUCUCAGCCCAGGGAUUUUACCUCUUGCCAUAAACUGAUGGCUGGGAUGUUGGCUGGAUAAUGCAGGACAGGCAGAACUAUCACUGUUCAUUCCUUGGGGAGGUGUAGCGGCAACCGGCUGGGAAAGAGCUGAAUUACUACUUGGGGACAAAGGCUGGUACAUAAACCCAUCAUGUAAAUCAGCCUAGAAUGUAAAUCAGGGCUCCAUUAAUAUUCUGUGUUCUAAUGGAAGAAACACCUGCUGAGCCAUCAAUAAAGGAACUCUGCAGAAAUAUGUUGAAAUUGCUCCUUUUUUAACUGCUUGGCUGCCAGGCCUCAUAAGAGUUCCUGCAGCCCAUUUCUGUAUUAAGAUGCCUGUAUGUUUUAGUGGAUUGUUUUGCUACAAUGGCUUUGUUUUAUUGGGAAAAGGAUGGGACAUAAUUUUAAGUGUUAUUGCAAACUUAAGUAACAUUAAAAACGAACAAGGUACUCCACUUAAUAUCAAACAAUGGUUUAUUAGGAAAAGGAUGGGACAUAAUUUUAAGUGUUAUUGCAAACUUAAGUAACAUUAAAAACGAACAAGGUACUCCACUUAAUAUCAAACAAUGGUUUACAUUGUAGUGAGAAUCCAGACUGGAGACACUGAAGAUACAUGAUACACUUAAUAGUGUAUCUAUGGCUUCUAUGACUGUGAAGGAGACUUCCUCAACUUUUGUGUGGGUAAAAUGGAGACAGUGCCUGGGCCUUUGCAGGCACAUGGUAAGUAGCGACUGCCCUUACAUACAUUAGGUGAUACUUUGCAUGUAAGUUGGGGGCACACACAAUGAACCAGCAGAAAGGGUGAUGUGUUUAUACUUCCUAUGUUCAGGCAGAAUCCUAGUGAGGGACUGAGUCCCCAGUUGUCAAGCCAGCAGCUUGUCAGGCUGCUAACAAGCUCCCAGGCUUGAGCUUAGUUGCCCUUGGCUAAUGCACACUGCAGGGUCAGCAAGGUGCAGGGGGCACACCAGGUAAUGGCAACCAUGCAUCCCAUUGGCAAGGGCAGAUGCUCCUGCUAGGGCUUUCCUCAGAAACAGGCUGUAAGCCAGGCGUGGUCAUGCUUUUUGUGGAAGUAAGGUGUAUUUCAAAGACAUGAAGAAUAGGACAGUGGCUACCAGAGUAAAUGGUGCGCUGGGAAUGGUGCCAGAGAACAGGGAGGAUGGGAAGGAUGGCUGACCCUUUAAAGUUCUAUAGCACAGGAGGACAACUCUGGUUAACAAUGCUUCACUGCCUAUUUUAAAACGGCCAAUCGAGAGGAUUUUCAAUGUUUCCAUCAAAGUAAUGAUGUAUAUGUGACUGUCAUUACACAGUACAUACAUGUACAGAAAUGUCAUACUACACCAAGAAAUUCCAGUUACUAUGUGCCAGUUUAAAUUUAAAAUAUUUUAGAAAGUACUACAUACCUUAAAACAAGAUUAUCUAGAUGUGCACAGUUUAACCACACAGAUCUUAAAAGCAUAGGGUUUCCUCUGGCUGGAGUGUCAGAUGUAGCAGGGGAAACCAGGCAUGAGACACACGUGACAGGCCACAGAGGAGCAGUUAGUCACGGAGACCCAGGAACCAGAGAGAGGCUUCCAGAAGCUAAGGACAGCUCCUGCUGAGGACUGGUGAGGCAAGGGGUGCCUCAGUUCUACCUCGGUGAACUGAAUUCUCUCAGCCACCUGAACAGGCCUGAAGCAGAUUCUCAGAAUCCCCAGGAAGAGCCCAGAAGGCUGACAUUUUUAUUUCAGCCUUGUAAACCCUGGCGCGGAGAUACCAGCUGAGCCAGGGCACAUCUCUGGCCACAGAACUGUCUGCUGCUAAAGAAGACAGAAUGGAAGAGGACUGGGAGCCCCACUGACGGAGUUCUGUGGCCGCAGGCUCUGGCUGGGGGUUGGGAAUGCUGCAGGGCCCAGCGACUGCCAACGCUGUACUGUAAGCAUGGAGCGAGCGGUGCAAAGGCCCCUGGGCCCAUGGCAAGCCAGGAGGCAGGCCCAGUCUUUACAGUCUUGCUAUCUCUGAAGGACUCAAGAGGGUCCCGAGUUCAAGUCCUGUUCUACUUUGCAUUGGCUAGUUGACUUUGGAAUGGUUGCUUAAGCUGUCCUUGCCAUCUUUAUACACUGCCUGCUGCCUAGAGGCGUGGGGAGAUUCAGGGAGCCGGCCUGGCGCAGGUGCUCAGUAGGUGGUUGUUCUUUCUCUGGAGUCAGGCCAGCAGGUGCUGCCCUGCAGAGGCUCCCUCAAGGGGCCUUGGCUCUGCUAGGACUGUCCACCUUCUUCAACUUUAUAAAUCUCCACAGGUGCUGGACCUGUUCACAGUGAGCCACCCUUUUCUGGAGGUCACAAGCCCAUGGCUGCUUGUGAAUCGUUGAGAUGCUGAGUGGGUUCAAUGCCAGGCCCUGGCAAACAGGCAUUGAAGACUACAGGAAAGAAAGUUGCACAGUGAUGUGAGCUCUCAGCUACUGCUCCAGCACCAUACCAGCCUGCCUGCCUGCCUGCCUGCCGCCAUGAUCCCCACCAUGGUCUUGGGUUCUAACCCACUGGAACCACGGGCCCCAGUAAACUC